AUGUGUUUGAACUUGGAAGCCGACAACUGCCCUGAACUCUUGGGCGGUGUCGUUGAUGCACUCUGUAACCCGAUCAAUGGAAAAGGUCUGAUUGCUUGCAAGGCGCGUCGCCAAGCUUCCUUGAAGGCCCCGGUGUCUUGCCCCGUCAAACCAUCAACGAGCCUAUGA